UGAGCAGUUUAGAUCUGUAAAGCAGUGUGGAAUGGAGUGAUAUGAUUCCCUUGGGUUGGGGUCACAAAUAUGGCAGGUUUUUAACCCCCCUGGUUGAUUUUAACUCCAGUGCUGGGAGAAUCAGAACUUUUUAAUUCAAGUGAACGAAGAUGUUUUUUUCAUCUUCAACCCUGAGGCUGGGAGCCCAACAGAAACCGAGAAGAAACCUUGGUUGGAUUCUCCUGGUUAUCCUAAGUACAUCACACUCGGUUUCUGGGUUCCAGAGAAGCCGGGGUGAUAUAGCUUUCUCUUCAAAUGAUUUUGGGAGCACUGAUUCAGGGCCUACUUUUGAAAUACCAGGUCGGGUGUCUUUUCAGUUUAACGGUGAUGUAUCGCGUCGCCAAUCUCAAGGGGGGCAACGAGAUUGUGGCAGGGGUGAGGGGGGCUGUGGAUCCUGCACCCCCAAAUGUUUAGGAGAAAAGGGGUCCAUGGGUCCCCCUGGUAUCCCUGGCUCAGAGGGUCCCAAGGGCCGCCAAGGGUUUGUUGGCAUGGAGGGGUUACCAGGACCUAAGGGUAGUAUUGGCAACCCUGGAGUUCAGGGACCCCGGGGAAUGAAGGGGGACCGGGGGAAAAUGGGAAUGCCAGGUUUCCCUGGAAUAAAUGGACUGCCUGGACUCCAGGGACCCCCUGGACUACGAGGUCUUGAUGGACUGGACGGAUGCAACGGGACCGAUGGUUUGCCGGGGAAAAUGGGGUUUCCGGGUUCUCAAGGUGAGAAGGGAAACAUGGGGUAUCCCGGAGAGAAAGGAGAGAGAGGAGAACCAGCCUAUGUUCCACCAGCUCCUAAAGGACAGAAAGGAGAACCAGGACAAAACGGAUAUCCUGGAGAACCGGGUAGACCAGGACAACCAGGAUAUCCGGGUACUAAGGGAGACAGGGGACUGGACGGAGUAGAUGGUAGACCAGGAUAUGACGGGCAGAAGGGCGAGAAGGGGAGUAUGGGAUUAAGAGCUGAAGGAGAAAAGGGGGAUAAAGGACAGAAAGGACGACCAGGGCCCCCAGGGAAUGUGGAACUACCAAACUUUACGGUUAAUCAAACUUUCAUUGGACCAAAGGGAGAUACAGGACCCAUGGGGGACCAGGGACCAAAAGGAGAUAAAGGACUUCGUGGAGAAACUGGACUACCUGGACCUCAAGGAAUGACAGGACGAGUUGGACCUAAAGGAGAGAAGGGACUACCUGGUAGUCCAGGGCCUAGGGGUAAAGAGGGUCCUUUCGGACCUCCCGGUCCCAUGGGUCAGAAAGGAGAUCAAGGGAACAAUGGAUAUGAUGGAUUAUCUGGUAGACCCGGAGCCAAGGGAGAACCAGGGAGACCUGGCAGGGACGGAGAAUCAGGGCUCGAGGGACCACCAGGAGCACCAGGGGGAGGACCAAAGGGUGGACCACCAGGACCUCCUGGUCCACGAGGGUUUCCUGGACCACCGGGACCACCAGGACAGGACGGAUCAGACGGAGAAACAGGAAAACCAGGACCUGAAGGUCCAGUGGGAGGACUUGGACUCCCAGGUUUACCAGGGUUAGAGGGACCACCAGGAGAGAAAGGAGAGAAAGGAAACUCUGGUUUGCCAGGUUUCCCUGGUUCUCCGGGUCUUCGGGGAGAAAGAGGAAACCCUGGAGCUACAGGAAUAAAUGGAGAGAAGGGACAGAAAGGAGAAUCCAUUGCCGGUCCUCCUGGAAGGGAUGGAUUAAACGGAAUGCCAGGACGAACUGGACAAAAAGGAGAGCGAGGUUUUCCAGGGCCCAGAGGUGUACCCGGAGAUGCUCCAGGAACUCCAGGGCCCCCUGGAUCCCCAGGAGACAGGGGUCCAUCUGGUAUACCAGGGUUGUCAGGAGUGAAUGGUGAGAAGGGGGACAAGGGAGAUAAAGGAUUGAAAGGAGGUGAGUGUGCAGUCUGUUUCCCUGGGAUGAAAGGAGAGAAAGGAGGACCUGGAAGGAACGGGUUGGAUGGUAUACCAGGAGAAAGAGGACCUCCCGGAGGUCGAGGAGUAACAGGAGAACGUGGAGAUGAUGGACAACCUGGACCUCCAGGACCUGUUGGACCAAUGGGAGAAGCAGGAAGGGCUGGAGCACCAGGACCUAAAGGAGAAAAAGGAAAAGAUGCAUUUCUACCUAAUGUUGUUGGACCUCCAGGACCUAGAGGAGGUCGAGGUGAACCUGGUCUCCUUGGAGUAGAUGGACAAAAGGGAGGCCCAGGUCUACCUGGACCUGUCGGAAUGCCUGGACCACAGGGUGACAAGGGAAACCCCGGUCCACCCGGGAAAGAUGGACUUCCUGGAAGAGAUGGACAACCUGGACCACCGGGUAUACCUGGUCCCAAGGGAGAUGGGCAGAAAGGAGAUCCUGGACCCAAAGGAGAUACCGGACCACAAGGUCCCAAGGGAGAUACAGGACCUGUUGGAGAACGAGGGGAUCCUGCAAAAUGUCCAGCUGUAGAGGAACUACGGAAAGGUAUAAAAGGAGAAAAAGGAGAUGGAGGAUUGAACGGGAAGGACGGAGAAAAAGGAGAUCGAGGACCGCAAGGUAUAAUUGGUUUACCAGGACAGAAAGGAGAUCAAGGACAGAAAGGAGAAAUUGGUCCUUAUGGACCUCCCGGUCCUAACGGAGUAAAGGGUGACCGGGGAGUCCCUGGUGUUGAAGGUUUGCCCGGUCCCCCAGGUCGGGACGGAUUCCCUGGUAUAGCUGGUAUCAUCGGAGAUAAGGGAGAUAAAGGAUUACCCGGUAGACCAGGAGUAGGACCUCCUGGACCACCUGGACAACCUGGACUCAAGGGAGAGAAUGGACUUCCUGGACUACCGGGGAAAAAUGGACCACCUGGAACACCGGGUUUGCUUGGCAUGCCAGGUAUCAAGGGGGACCUGGGAGCUGUAGGACUACCUGGUCUCAACGGUAUCAAAGGAGAUCUUGGAUAUCCAGGUGUCCCUGGUCCCCCUGGUCCUGCAGGACCUGCCGGACCUCCAGGUAGGGACGGAACCAAGGGUCUACCAGGACUACCAGGACAGCAGGGUCCUCCAGGUAUAUCAGGAGUACCGGGUAUGAAAGGGAACAAGGGAGAAGAAGGACGUGAAGGACCAAAGGGGUAUCCUGGUAUGCCAGGACGCCCUGGAACUCCAGGACUUCAGGGACUUGAUGGACUUCCAGGACAGAAGGGUCUUCAGGGAGAGAAGGGGUUAAACGGGUUUCCUGGCCUGCCUGGUUCUCCGGGUCCUGCUGGAGUCCCUGGUCUACCUGGAUCCAAGGGGGACAAGGGAAACCUUGGUCUCCAGGGUCUACCCGGACCAAGGGGACAGGAAGGAAUGAAGGGAGACAGAGGACUCACAGGACCUAUGGGUCCUCGAGGUUUACCUGGAACUGCUGCGGCUAAGGGAGAACCAGGAUAUCCUGGUGCACCUGGAGAAAAGGGUUCUACUGGUCCCCCAGGUAGAGAUGGAGUACCUGGAGUUAAAGGAGAAACUGGUUUGGCAGGGUUCGGUAGACCUGGAGAAAAAGGAGAUAAGGGAGACCGUGGACUUUCUGGUCCACCCGGACUUCCAGGUCUUAAUGGUCUUAAGGGUAAUGCGGGCCUGCCAGGGUUCCCUGGACUUAAAGGACAGAUUGGAUUGAAAGGAGAUGUUGGACCGUCUGGUAUACCAGGGAUAGAUGGGACUCCAGGAGCUAAAGGAGAACCAGGGUUCAUGGGAAUAUCCGGACGCCCUGGACUAAAAGGAGACCGAGGAUAUACUGGAGUAUCUGGUAUGGAUGGUAGACCAGGACAGCCUGGAGUAGAAGGUUUGAAGGGUAACCAAGGGUUUGACGGACCGAUGGGACCUAAAGGAGAUCGUGGAAUGGACGGUUUGCCAGCCUCUCCAGGUGUCAAGGGAGACAAGGGAGACCAAGGAAUGACUGGACUUCCAGGAAAGGACGGAUUGAAAGGGGAACUAGGAAACCCAGGACCACCGGGAGAACCAGGGUUUACCGGGUUGCCAGGAGACAAGGGAGAUCGAGGUAUACCUGGAAUACCUGGCAGGAACGGAAUGAAAGGAGAAAUGGGAUUUCAGGGACCAACAGGGAUACCAGGCCUUAGUUCAAAGGGAGAGAAAGGACUACCAGGACUACCUGGUAAACAAGGACGACCAGGGAUGCCUGGACAACCGGGAACUAAAGGAGACGCUGGUCCUCCAGGUCUACCUGGUAUACAGGGAAUACCGGGGGAUAACGGAUACCCUGGUAGACCAGGAGAAAAGGGAGAUAAUGGUAGACCAGGGAUACCAGGUAUCACUGGACCACCCGGUCCCACAGGAAAUAAAGGAAACCUAGGUCCUACAGGAUUCCCUGGUAGGAAGGGAGAUAUUGGACCACCGGGAUAUCAGGGCCCUCCAGGGGAUAAGGGAUACAACGGACCACCAGGAGAAAAUGGACUUCCAGGACUCCCGGGAAUGAAAGGAGACAAAGGAAUGACCGGGAUGCCCGGACCAUCAGGACCACAGGGACUACAGGGGGUCAAGGGAGAGUUCGGUCCUCCAGGAGAGUUUGGACUUGCCGGACCACCCGGACUUACAGGACGGGACGGAUCUCCAGGAUUUCCAGGUUUAAAAGGAAUACAAGGACCUCCCGGGUUAAAUGGACCACCUGGAAAACCUGGAUUGUCAGGACGACCUGGUCCUCCUGGUUCUCCAGGUAUGCCCGGAAUCAAAGGAGAUAUGGGACUCCCUGGACUAGAUGGUAGACCUGGGGGACCUGGACCUACUGGACCUAAAGGAGAACAAGGUUUCGAUGGAAUGCCUGGAGCUCCGGGGCGGCCUGGUUUGCCCGGGUUAAAAGGUCAAGACGGGCAAACAUGUGUCGAGGACCGGCAGGUACCUACCGGUCAUCUUCUGGUUCGGCACAGUCAGAGUUCCUCUAUACCUCUCUGUGAACCUGGAACCACAAAACUGUGGGACGGAUAUUCUCUACUUUAUGUUGAAGGAAACGAGAAAUCUCAUCACCAAGAUCUAGGUAUGCCAGGUUCUUGUGUUGCUAGAUUCAACACAAUGCCGUUCUUAUUCUGUGACUUUAACGAUGUCUGCAAUUAUGCGAGCAGGAAUGAUAAGUCCUACUGGCUGUCUACAAUAGCUCCGAUACCUAUGAUGCCUGUAGCAGACUAUGCUAUCAGGGAUUAUAUAAGCAGGUGUGUUGUAUGUGAGGUUGAGAGUAAUGUACUGGCAGUACAUAGUCAGGAUAUGAAUGUACCAGAUUGUCCCCAGGACUGGGAGGGAUUAUGGAUCGGAUACAGCUUUGUCAUGCAUACAGCAGCCGGAGCUGAGGGUGGAGGACAGGCCCUGUCUAGCUCCGGGUCCUGUCUGGAGGACUUCAGGGCUACUCCCUUCAUAGAAUGCAACGGAGCCCGGGGUACCUGCCAUUAUUUUGCAAAUAAAUUCUCCUUCUGGUUGGCAACUGUAGAUUCAAAUAAUAUGUUCUCCAGACCUGUCUCUCAGACAUUAAAGGCCGGAAACCAGAGAGCCAGAGUCUCUAGGUGUCAGGUUUGCAGGAGAACCGGAUAGAACAGAUCUCUCUACUGAGUGUAAGCCAGGCUACUUUGAUUUCUAUGAACUAAAUCAAUACUGUGCUUAGUCAAAGAAAAACAAUACGAAAGCGCUAUUUAAUCCCCAAACUAAUCCAACCCUAGUCCUAAUCCCAACCAUUCAAUUAUUCAUAAAUCUAGAGCCUUCCGUGUCUGCAGAAUACGAAUGUUAUAAAAAGUAUGAAUGUUGUGUGAAUAAAACUAUUUUUUCUCUACUAUUUUUGGUUUUCAAAUUUAUCAUUUAGUAAAAUUUUCGUUUGAAUAUUGGAAUUUAGUUAAUAUGAAAUGACAGUUGUUUCUAACAAAGUUUUGCGAUGUCUAUUAAACUUUUAAUGGAUCAUUUGGGGCAUUUUCGGAGCUUUUUUGAAGAAACUUUUAAAAACUUCUCUUAACUAGUGGUGCUACAUUUUUGGUCUAAUCAUGGGUCAAUUUGUUUUUUUUAGUGUAUGUGUAAAAAUAAAUGUCAGAAAUUUUGUGAUUUUAAAAAUGCUUAAAAUUUUUAUAUUGUAAUUGUAUAAUUUACAUUGGAUGGAUUAAUCUUUGUAUUUGCAGUGUGUUCCUAUUUUAAAGGGACUGAAAACGUAAUUUCAAACAAGGGAUCUUCCAUUAAAAGAGCUUGGCAUAACUGAUUUACAACGGUACCCUUGAAACCUAUAUGUGUUAUAGUAUCAAUGAGGAAGAUUUCAUUUUUAGAAAAGUGUUUAAGUCUGUAAGCUUCCUUUAGUGCCUUUAAAGCAUAAAUGCGCAAGACACUUUUAUUUAUAUAGAAACCAGAAUUGAAAAUAAUCAAUUUUCAGCUAGACAAAUUAGAACAUCUCUUUUCACACUUUCCAGCUUGAUCAGGCAAAUAUCAAAAUGGUACUGUAGUGAAUCGGACAUGCCACUUCUAUACAUGGAGGGUUUCUUGAGAUUACAUCUCCUGUCCCUUUAAAUGUUUUGUAUAUAUUUUAUUAAAUGUUUACUUUAAAUUCUGCACACUAUAAACAAUUUACACGUGGAGAAAUAUAGCGGAUUUUUUUAACAGGCUGUCAACUUGUAAAUGCGCCAAAUUUAGUUUUUAAAACUGCCACAGGGGGGAGAUGAUAAAUAAAACUAUAUUUUAUGAGUUGACACCCCGUAUCAUAUGUUUUCCACUAUACAGUCCUUGCCAGGCAACUAUGUUAUAUAUAUUCUGUAAAUAUUUGUAGAAAAUAUUGUAAAAAUAUUGAUUGAAUGAAAAAUGAGCUUUAAGUUUUAGUGAUUAUGAUUUUAUAAUAAACAAAUAAACAAAAUUCUUUUAUUAUUA